CAGUGAGGACACAGACGAUUCUUUGCAGAGACCCAGUGCGUGUGAGGAUGAGGACGAAGCUGUUUUAUGUUCCCAUAGUGAUGGCGCUGAUGUCUGCAGCGCUGCUCAUCACAAACUCUAGAUUUAAAUUGAGCACUCAUCCUAAAACGACUGCAUAUGUACCCGAUGCUGCAAUUGAUGAAGUAUGGCCGACAACAUCAUGGACAACGCAAGGACCUGGAAUAGAUUUAAAGGGAAAGAUGUUCACAUUGUCUGCUAAUGGAGGAGGAAUACGCUUCUAUCCCCCCAGAUAUAAUACUAAUACCCCUGACCCAUGGUCUUCACCUACUCCCUACAAAACCAGCACCCGACCCUACACAAGCACUGGACCCUACAGCACCAACAGACCCGACACAAGCACCGGACCCUACAGCACCAACAGACCCGACACAAGCACCGGACCCUACAGCACCAACAGACCCGAAACAAGCACCGGACCCUACAGCACCAACAGACCCGACACAAGCACCGGACCCUACAGCACCCACCCACCCUACACCACCACUCGUUAUCCCUGGACCACAGCGCCUCCUUUCAGAGGUGAGUACGUUGAAAACUACACAACCAGAUAGAAAUCCAGUUAUGAGAUCUGUAGUUAUUUAAUUAUAUUGUAUCUCAAGAUAUUCCCUUUUUUGUUGGAGCUGAUGCUUAAAUAAUGCUCUACAUUAUGUUGAAAGUAUGCUAAGUUAUGUUGUUCUGGAGGCAUGUUGCAUCUAUUUAUUGAUAUCUUGUAUUUCUGUUGUCUCUUUGAAGUUUUUGAACUGUUUUAUGUUGUUUUACUUAUUUUCCAAAUGAAAAUCUGAAGACCACAACAAUGAAGCAAAUAUGGAAGUGCUCAAAAGUUCCUCAGAUGACCACUCAAGGUCUGGCACCAAAAGCGAGUAAAUUACCAUCAGGUCCCCUUUCAAAAUGUCCAACUUUGAAGGAAGAAUGUGCGAUAAUGUAUACAUAAAUAUAUCAGAAAUUAA